CACCGCACUGGCAUACCGUGGUUCGUUACGAUACCCUUCGUACACCCUUUUGGUCCCCCAAGUACCUCAAUCCCAUCAUCGGGCGGUAUCAGGGAAAAUUUUUUGGUUUUUGCCAGGAGUGCUAAGUGACCAGUGAAUGAGUCCAAUAUCGUAGACAAGGUUUUCUCUGCUUCAAGGCCAUUGGCUCGAUUUUCAUUUUUAUUUUGUGUUUUAUUGGGAAAUAAUAAUAAUAAUAAAAUUCAUUGGAUUUUUUUGGAAGAUCGGUUCACUUCUUGCGGUUUGUUUUUACCCCGAUAUUCGCAACUGUUUCCUCAGCCAGUUCCUUCAGGUAGACUGGAACUGGAGUCGCGUGCCGGAUUGCGCGGGACAGCCCAAGGUGGCAUUUUAUAGCCCGGUCUUAUUGCCCGAUUUUAUUGCGUCGUAACGGGCAUUUAGCGAUCAUCAUUCAACUGGCGAGUUUUAUACGACAUUGGUCUUGUUAGUAUAGACGUGAGCAUUGAGAAUAGACAUUAAAAAAAAUAAACGAUUUACCGUGGUGAGAGAUUCUCAUAGGUGUCAUGUUUAUAUGGACUAUUGACAACUUGGAAUAAUCUUGAAACUGUCAUUAACUCACCGGCCGCCAAUGACUUUUAUGACUUUGCGGCCGGUUUGACGUUUCAUCUUAUCACGUACUAAUUACCAGUGUCCGGCGUUGUUAGUGGCCAUCAACAUUUGAGUACCUGUCGUGAAUGCGUUUAAAUUUCCAUUUGAAUUCUCAAAGAAUUUUAAGUGAAACACUUGUGGACAGUUGUGAAUUUAAAUACUGAAUAAUAAAGCAAAGGGGGAGCCGAGCCUUUUCCCACAGAGAAAGAAGAUUAAGUAGUGAUUUGUGUUGAGCAAGUGUUUUUCCAAGAUACCCGGAAUAAUGAACUCCUACUUCGAACAGGGAGCGGGCGGCUUCUACGGAAGUCAUCAUCAUCAAACUGGAGCAGCAGGUCAGCACCACGAUCCAGCGACAGCCGCUGCUUAUCGAAGUUUUCCCCUUGGUCUGGGUAUGUCACCGUAUGCCUCGAGCCAACACCACCACCACAGCACAAGUAGCCUAGGAAUUCAUCCAGGCAGUGGUACCAAUACCCGACCACCCCAGGACUCACCCUACGAUGCAAGUGUAGCAACAGCCUGUAAAUUGUACUCAUCAACACCAGAAGCAACUGGCCACACCACAUCAUCCUACUCAAGUACAGCAAGCAAAGACUGCAAACAACAAGAGCAAGCAGUAGCAGCAGCAGCAGCAGCCCAUCAGAAUGGUUAUGCUGCAGUUAUGGCUGCAGCAGCUGUCAAGGACGUUUGGCAGUCAGCAACCUCAGGCGCCAAUGGCCAGAGUAAUCCAGUCGUACGUCCGUCCGCGUGCACGCCCGAGGGCACGAGGGUCGGCAGCUACGGCGGUCUCGUGGGCGGUGAUCCAGCCUCAAGUCCCGGCAACAACGGCUCCUCGAGGUCCUUAACGUCCUCGUGGAACACCUGCAGUCUCAACUCAACUGCGAGCCAACCGGUCGCCACUCAACUACAUCAACAACCAACAGGCAACCAUACAUUCUACCCCUGGAUGGCCAUAGCAGGUAAGGACGAUAUCGCUAAGCCGCAUUGGACAUGGUUGCAAGGUGCAAAUGGCUUGCGUCGACGUGGCCGUCAGACGUACACCCGUUAUCAAACACUGGAGCUGGAGAAAGAAUUUCACACGAAUCACUACCUCACAAGGCGGAGGCGGAUCGAGAUGGCGCAUGCGCUGUGCUUGACGGAAAGACAAAUAAAAAUUUGGUUUCAAAAUCGCCGAAUGAAGCUGAAGAAGGAGAUCCAGGCGAUCAAAGAAUUGAAUGAGCAGGAGAAGCAGGCACAAGCGCAAAAAGCAGCAGCAGCAGCGGCCGUUGCCCAUCAACAAGGGGGUGGAGGACCCGACGGGGGUAACUAGGGGUACGCCCUUCACCGGAGCCCCCCUGAUCACCCAAAUGCCAAUCAACACCAUCCACUGCUAGCACCACAAUGUACACAGCUAUAUUAAGGUGAGUGGCAGGCUGCUCCAACUGUUUCUGUAAUGCCAAAUAGGUGUCGAUGUGCCGCAAUUUGAAAUCCGUCGAGUCGAAAAAAUCUCUCGGUUGUGGCGUAUUGGAAGCUGCACCGGUGAGUGAACCCCCGGAGUCUCCCGUAGUGAAAAAAAAAACCCGACACAAUACACAUCACUUAAAUAAUUGAGAGAAAGAGAGAGAGAAAAAAAAAUACCCUAGGACCGCUGAAAAAAAAUUCCACACGACCUUUCCAACAGCAAUGAUCAACAGUAGCAUCGCCAUUAGAUUAUCCUAGCUCUUACGUUGUUAAAGAUUAAAAAAAAAAUUUGUUCCUCACCUGUUCCUUUCACUCAUUAGUGCAUCGGCAUCCGAAUAGAUUUCUUGUAAUUUUAGUCGUGAAUUAAACCGGGCGUUUCGUCCGAUGAACGGGACCGUGCAACGAAAAAAAAAAUCCGGGUGGAGAAAUAGGAUGUGAAUUAACCCUAAAAUUCAAAAGCAAAAAAAAAAUCUCAAUUCGCCAGUCGCGUAACAAAUAUACGUAAUUAUGAUAAUGUAAAAGUGAGAAAUUCUCACGCGAAACUCAGAUACGUAAUGAAAAAAAGGCCACGAGUAUUUCGUAAGUAAAUUUAGAACCUAGAAAAACUGUUUAGAAAAUUUAAAAAAAAAAAACGGCGCGAGGAUUUCAUCCCGGUGAAUAAAUAUAUUUAUAUAAUAUCGG